CGAACCCGAGAGGAGUGUCCCGGGUGGCGCUUCAGCGCGCUUGCCCGACAGUCACGACCGUGCCGAGGAGCACUGAGCUAACUGAGCACCCGGCGGCGAGGCCGCGCCCGGGAGGGAAACACAUAGAAUGAAAGAAGUAGAUAAUCUUGAAAGUAUAAAAGAAGAAUGGGUUUGUGACACAGGAUCUGACAAUCAGCCUCUUAGUGAUAACCAGCAAAUGAAUUGUGAACACUUAGUUGACAGCCUUUUUGAGGAAGCUCAGAAGAUUGGUGCCAAAUCCUUGUCUCCCACUGAACAGAAGAAACAGGUAGAUAUAAAUAUAAAAUUGUGGAAAAACGGGUUCACUGUCAACGAUGACUUUAGAACUUACUCUGAUGGUGCAAGUCAACAAUUCCUGAACUCCAUCAAGAAGGGGGAAUUACCUGCAGAAUUACAGGGAAUUUUUGAUAAAGAGGAGGUGGAUGUGAAAGUUGAAGACAAAAAAACUGAAGUAUGUAUAUUGACAAAGCCUGUGUUCCAGCCCUUCUCAGGACAGGGUCAUAGACUAGGAAGUGCUACACCAAAAAUUGUUUCAAAAGCAAAGAUUAUUGAAGUUGAAAGUAAAAAUACUUUAUGUGCUGUUUCACUGAACAACUUGGAACCCAUUACUAAUGUACAGAUCUGGUUAGCCAAUGGGAAAAGAAUUGUCCAGAAAUUUAAUAUUUCUCAUAGGGUAAGCCACAUCAAAGACUUCAUUGAAAAGUACCAAGCACCUCAAAGAAGCCCUCCCUUUUCCCUGGCAACAGCGCUUCCUUUCCUCAGAUUGCUAGAUGAGACACUCACCCUGGGAGAAGCAGCUUUACAGAAUACUGUAAUCAUUCAGAGACUAAAAGAAACGGCUGAGCCUUUCAGAAAACUUUCAUAGCAUUGAUUUUUGAGAGACUAAGUAGAAAUUUUGCAGGGAAAUGAUGGUUGGAAGUGAGCAUGUAAAAGUGGGAGAAAGGAGAAGUUUGAUUCAUUGGACUUUUGGGUUGAGUGCUAUUUAACUCUCUUGAUGAGAAAAAU